GGAACUGCUGCUGUCUGCAGGCUGUGGAGCACGUCUGCUUUCCCAGCCUUGCUGCUCAGGCGGAGUGGAUGCAGCAGCAUGAUUUUCUGGGUUGAGUGUUUCUUAUUAUGCCUGUCAGACACUGAUUUCUGAGCCUGUUGUGUUCCCUGGGCAUACCAGGAGGGCAGGCACAGCACAGGCCCAUUUCCUUAAUGACCGGCAGUGAAUUGCCUGCACAUGUGCAGUGCAGAUUUGAGACGCCCUCCGUGUAUUUUUUUUUCUCUGCGGAUUUUCCCCGUUGGAUGAGGUGUUCUCCAUUUGUGGAGUCCCUGCCCAGCUGAGCCUUUAACAGAGCGUCUUCCUUCCAUCUGCACACAGCCCUUAUUUUGUGCUCCAAUUAUUCCAAGGCAGCUCCACUCCCCUCCGAGCUUUGGAGAGAUUUACCAGGUGGGCACCUGAGGAUGUUCUGGGGCAAAAUGGAGGUGCCCUGUCACUGCUGCCAUCCCUGUCAGGGUAAGGAGAUGUGGCUGAGAUAAGGCCAGCAGCCUCUGCUCCCCUCCCCGAGCAGUGCCCUCAGCAGUGCACAUGCACCCGGUGAGGCCAGGAUGUGGCCUCUCACCAAUGCUGGGAGCUCAUGGGUGAAUGUGGCCUCGGUGUGCACAUCAAGGGAGCUGGGGGGAGGCGGGGAGGCCCUUACAUAAGCCCUGCAUGCAGCAGGAGGAGCGGGGAGGGGAAGGGCAGUGCGCUGAGAAUCCAGGCAGCCUCCGGCGAGGGCUCCCCAGGAGCAGCUCUGUGCUGACACACGGCCGUCAGUCCCUGGCCUUGGCCAUCCACCCAUUAUCCGUGUCCCCCACCGCCCUGCCUGGGGUGACGUGGAAGGGCUGCAGGACUGAAGCAGUGGCAUGGAGGGGAUGUGGCCCUGGGGCACUCUGGCUGUCACUGUCUUGCUCACCCUGCACUUUGCACUGUGGUGCUGGGAAAUCCCUUGGUGGCAUGGAUGGAUUCCAUAUGUGCAGAUGGGUGUUGUCUGUGUUUCUGCACAUGCUUGGGGCAUAUUGGCAGCUCUGUCUCCCGGAGCACCUUGGAUGUUCCCCUGUAUCUCAGCCAUGGUUCUCACCUGGAGAGGUAAGCGCUGGCUCCUUCCCUAAAGCAGGACAGGGGCUUCUGAGCAGGGGAUUAGUUUGUGCCCAGGUAAGAUUGGGUGCCCACAGCUCUACCACCCUUUCCAAGAUGUCUGCUGUUAAUUCCCUCCAUCUCUCCACAGCAUCAGCAAUCCCUGCCAAGUUGGGCCAUUUGAAGGGGGACCGCAGCAGGCAGCUUGCAGGCUCUGAGAAGCAGUGACAAGUCUCUCUGGGUCAACAUCCCUGAGUCGCUGGGUUCUCCUGCCCCAAGGAUUUGGCUGUUCCUUCUGGACAAACCGGAGGCUUGCUGUCAUGGGGAUGCAUUGAACCCUCACCCCAGGAGCUUCAGGCCUGGAUGUUGGUGCUGCUCCUCCCGGACGAUGUGGCUGAUACUCUGGAGAAGCCCUCUCUUGCCCCCUGUUCUCCAAGUGCCUGAGCUGGUGGCCGGCUGGGACCUGCGUCUUGCCCUCUGGGUCCUGAGCUUCGCCUCGGUGGUUGUGCGCAUGGAGGGCCAAGUCUACUCUCCCACUGUCAACACUCACUAUGGGAAGCUACGGGGGGUGCGUGUGCCACUACCCAGUGAGAUUUUGGGACCUGUGGAUCAGUACCUGGGGGUGCCUUACGCUGCCCCCCCAGUUGGGGAGAAGCGGUUCAUGCCUCCAGAGCCACCUCCCUCCUGGUCAGGCAUCAGGAACGCUACCCACUUCUCGCCAGUCUGCCCCCAGAACAUCCACAACGCCGUCCCUGAGAUCAUGCUGCCCAUCUGGUUUACCUCCAACUUGGAUAUUGUGGCCACCUACAUCCAGGACCCCAAUGAGGACUGUCUGUACCUCAACAUCUACAUCCCCACGGAGGAUGUAAAACGGAUUUCCAAGGAAUGCACCCGAAAGCCCAACAAGAAAAUAUGUAGGAAAGGAGGAGCCAGCGCUAAGAAACAGGGAGAGGACUUAGCGGAUAAUGACGGGGAUGAAGACGAAGACAUCCGGGACAGCGGGGCCAAGCCGGUGAUGGUGUACAUCCAUGGCGGCUCAUACAUGGAGGGCACAGGGAACAUGAUCGACGGCAGCGUCCUGGCCAGCUACGGGAACGUGAUUGUCAUCACACUCAACUACCGCGUCGGAGUGCUCGGGUUCCUGAGCACAGGGGACCAGGCUGCCAAGGGCAACUAUGGGCUGCUGGACCAGAUCCAGGCGCUGCGUUGGGUCAGUGAGAACAUUGCCUUCUUCGGCGGCGAUCCUUUGCGCAUCACUGUCUUCGGUUCUGGCAUCGGCGCCUCCUGUGUCAGCCUGCUCACCCUCUCCCACCACUCAGAAGGUCUCUUCCAGAGAGCCAUCAUCCAGAGUGGCUCUGCGCUCUCCAGCUGGGCGGUGAACUACCAGCCUGUCAAGUACACCAGCAUGCUGGCAGACAAGGUGGGCUGCAACGUGCUGGACACGGUGGACAUGGUGGACUGCCUGCGGCAGAAGAGUGCCAAGGAGUUGGUGGAACAAGACAUCCAGCCGGCCCGCUACCACGUGGCCUUUGGGCCGGUCAUUGAUGGGGAUGUGAUCCCAGAUGACCCAGAGAUCCUAAUGGAGCAGGGCGAGUUCCUCAAUUACGACAUCAUGCUGGGUGUCAACCAAGGCGAGGGGCUGAAGUUCGUGGAGGGCGUGGUGGAUCCCGAGGAUGGCGUUUCGGGCAGCGACUUUGACUACUCAGUCUCCAACUUUGUAGACAAUCUGUAUGGCUACCCCGAGGGCAAGGACACCCUGCGAGAAACCAUCAAGUUCAUGUACACAGACUGGGCCGACAGGGACAACCCCGAGACUCGCCGCAAGACCCUGGUGGCCCUCUUCACCGACCACCAAUGGGUGGAGCCAUCAGUGGUGACAGCUGACCUGCACGCCCGCUACGGGUCCCCAACCUACUUCUACGCCUUCUACCACCACUGCCAGAGCCUGAUGAAGCCCGCGUGGUCCGACGCGGCCCACGGGGAUGAGGUGCCUUACGUGUUUGGGAUCCCCAUGAUCGGCCCCACAGACCUCUUUCCCUGCAACUUCUCUAAGAACGAUGUCAUGCUCAGUGCUGUGGUGAUGACCUACUGGACCAACUUUGCCAAGACAGGGGACCCCAACAAGCCCGUCCCACAGGACACCAAGUUCAUCCACACCAAGGCCAACAGGUUUGAGGAGGUGGCCUGGUCCAAGUACAACCCCCGCGACCAGCUGUACCUGCACAUCGGGCUGAAGCCGCGGGUGCGCGACCACUACCGAGCCACCAAGGUGGCUUUCUGGAAGCACCUGGUCCCCCACCUGUACAACCUGCACGACAUGUUCCACUACACCUCCACCACCACCAAAGUGCCACCACCCGACACCACGCAGAACUCCCACAUCACCCGCCGGCCCAACGGCAAGAUCUGGACCACCAAGCGCCCCGCCAUCUCACCCGCCUACAACAGCGAGAACGGGAAGGAGAAGUGGAGCCCGGAGCAGGAGGCGGGCACCCUGCUCGAGAGCCCCCGCGACUACUCCACCGAGCUGAGUGUCACCAUCGCCGUGGGCGCCUCGCUCCUCUUCCUCAACGUCUUGGCCUUCGCCGCCCUCUACUACCGCAAGGACAAGCGGCGGCAGGACACACACCGGCAGCCCAGCCCGCAGCGCGGUGCCGCCAACGACAUUGCCCACGCGCCCGACGAGGAGAUGCCAUCCCUGCAGGCCGGCCAGGCGCACCACGAGUGCGAGGCCGUGCCGCCCCAUGACACCCUGCGCCUCGCCGCCCUGCCCGACUACACGCUGACGCUGCGCCGCUCCCCGGAUGACAUCCCGCUCAUGACGCCCAACACCAUCACCAUGAUCCCCAACUCGCUGGUGGGGCUGCAGACCCUGCACCCCUACAACACUUUCGCCGCCGGUUUCAACAGCACGGGGCUCCCGCACUCACACUCCACCACCAGGGUAUAGCUGCCCGCAGCCGGCGCACACCCACGCACGCACGCACACGCACUCGGCAGACACUGGCAGAGGGACCGGCGGGAGCCCCACCAGGACGGAUAGACAGACGGACGGGUGGCACACACGGACGGUGUGACACCAAGCCCAAACCUGUGGGCGCUGCGCACCGCCGGCCGCCCCGCUUCCCUCGGCGCUUUCUUUCAUUCCUUUCUAACUUUGAGAAGUGCUUCAACUCUCCGGCUCCCGGCAGGAGGGCCCCACUGGUGCACCGGGGCUGUGCCCCCCGAUGGGGACACGGCAUCACCCGCGCCCACCGAGCACGUUGAGACGGGCGAGCAGCGAUGCUGGGUAUCCCUCUUGGAGGAGGUUUGGCAUCCAGAGCGCCGUGGAUAAGGCUCCGUCACUGUGCCAUGGUGCUAAGGGCAGAGGCAGCAGGCAGGGACCCGGCCUCGCGCUGGGUGCGGGCGCUGGGAGCCGGGGGGCCGCCCCGCGAUGGAGACGUGGCACCUCUGCCCCCUCUUUGCGCUGCAGAGAAUCUCUUUUGUGUCAGUCGUUUCUCUUUGCAGAGACGUUUUUUAAAGCAGAUCUUUAGUUCUUUACACACUAACGGAGUCGCCGCGUUUUGUCCUUUGUAAAGAUUUUAAACCAAGUGUUCUUGAUAUAAAAUAAAAAGCCAGUUAGAAGAACCCCAGCGUGUGUGCGCGGUGCCGGCCCUGACGCGGCCCCACGGCCCCAGUACCCGUGCACGGGGCCAGUGGGCACCAGGCACCAGGCAGGGCCCUGCCUGCCGCGCUGCAAGGCCGCGCUCUUUUGUAUUUUUGAUAUUCUCCCUCCUCUGUCACCUGUGCCCACGGAUAUCAGCCAAAAAGCCCGCUCCAGGGCCCGGCCACAGGCACCCCACAGCCCCUCAGCCCCAUCCCAGCCCCCAGUCCAGUGCCACUCUCAGCCCUCUGCGGAGUCACCCAAUGGGGUUGGAUGCGCGCUGCCAAAGCGCAGCCACCCACAGCCACCCCUCCCUGCUCCCCACCUCGCCACCACCCCACGCCAGGGUGUACCACUGGGGACAGGGCACCUGCCCUAGGGCUGGGGCACCCGCAGAGCCGGCGAUAGCUGCAGGUAGUGGGGAGCUUAGGGCUGGAUGUGGGGAAGGAGCUACCCGGGAGCAGUGAGGGCAGGGGUUGGCUUAGCCCCCAGCGUGGUCACCCUGAGCACAGGAGGGGACGGGUCCUGUGUCCCCACAGGGAUGCCACCCUCAGCCCCGGUCCGGCUGGCAGACGCUGCCCGCACUGGCAGCCGUGACGCAUCGGUGCCGGGUGACCCCACACAGCCCCACAUGGCCCCACACAGCCUUGGUUUGGGGUGAGGGUGCUGGUUGGAGAAUGUAUUUAUACCCUGUCACCCGCUCAGAGUAACAAAUUCCAAAUAAAACAGAAGUGAUAUUUUUAAUAGUGGUGUGUCUUG